AUGGCGCUCAUCCGGCCCUUCCUCCUUGUCGUUGUCUUUCUCUCGAUGGCCGUCGUCGAUGCGGCCACCCCUCCCACCCUGUACUGCCCUCAAAAGAAUGGCCCGUGGCUGAACAAUGGCACUCAAUGCCAAAAGGAGUUCGAGAAUCCAGAGAAGAAACGCCUCAUCGUCUUCUCAGAGAUUGUCGUCGAAUCGGGCGAUCCCAACAGCUAUCAAUCACCCAGGAAUAUCAUUCAUUAUGUCGCCGUCGACAACACGACGGCCCCGAGACUCGACCAUGCGCUCAAUGAGGAGCUGCAGAAGCUGCUCGACUUCUACCAAUGGGACGCCACCCAGUGCACGAGCAAGGCGCCCGAAGAGCGACCGCGAGGCGUCAGCUUCCCGUGGCCGACGUACUGCUCGGUGACGGGGCAGCCGUUCAACCCGGUCGACAAGUGCACCAUGCAUCGAGGAAGUGUCAAUUCUGAGCCGGAGCGCAAGAAGCGGUACGAGGAAUGGGAUCCGCGCGUCUUCUACUCGGAGCAUCUGUUCGCCUACGAUGGCUCGAGGACGCAGUACACAUACGCGUGUGACCUGUUGGAGGAGACGUUCUGUCUGUCGUGGCGGGACCCUGUGAUGAAUGCCUCAUCUCCAGCCGGCUGCUACAGUGGCGCCUACCGGAAGAAUCUCGGCUCCGACUGUGUCUGUGAUGUGCUGGACGAGAAGGUGAAGCCGUCACGCCAGGGAAACGGUGGGUGCGGC